GUAUUGUGGAAAGAAUCCUAAUUUUCGAAAAAAUGAAACCUAUUUUUGCAAUAAAACGAAACAAAUAAGCAAUAGGCCAAUCAACCCGAAGAAAAAAAAAAAGAAAAAAAAAAAAAUGGCAAUGGAGAAAAAGUACAGGGCAACGAAGAACAAGGGUACAGACACAUUCCAUCUUUCAGAUAGAGCAAUUCCCAAUUAGAAACCCUAAUCAAAAUUUGGUUUCAUCUCUUUCUAAUUUUCCAUGUAACCAACACUAUUUGCUUGAACAUUUCACCUAUACAUACAUAGAUACAUACACCGAUUUCUGUACGUAUAGGUCCGAAUAAUCAGAUCCUAUCAGCAGGUAUCUGGUUUGACCCUUCUGCACCUCCGAUUCCGUUCAAUUUUUGAAUCCGGCAAGUUACACCUACUCGCCGGUGCAAUUUCCCGAUUAGAUCCGCCGCUGCGAAAAUCGAACCGUUCGAUUGAUUUUCCCCGAUGGACGAUCUGGAUAUGCUAGGGCGAGACAUCGGGCUCGGGACCCGCGGAAAAUCCAACCCGAUGAGGUCCGGCCCGGCGGCGGAUCGUCGAUCCAUGGACGAUCCGUUGUUCAGCGACGUCUUCGGCGGUCAGACCAAGUACGCGCCGAGCUCAAACUCCGGUAGCAAUGUCAAACACUCGCCGGCGAGCGAUUUCUACUACGAUUCUAUUUUCAAGACCUCGUCCACAUUCGAAACGAAGAGCAGUAGUAGCGGGAAUAACAAUUCGUCUCCGUUGCCCGUGUAUGAUAAGCCUUUGUACGACGAUGAGGAUAUAUUUGGUGGGUUGCCCGGGGUGAAGAACAAAUCCCCUGCCUCGACUGUCCGGUUUGAUAACGAUGUGUUUGCUUCGAUUUCGUCACCGCAGAUUGGUAGAACUAAGAAUCGGAGCAGUGAUGUUGAUGACUUUUUGGGGAAUUUGAGGAUGAAUGAUAAGGCAGGGGAGAACAGCUCGAAUCAUAGUGCUAAAAGCAGCUCGAGUACGAAGGGGUUUGAUGAUUUGUUAGCUGGGUUUGGGAGUGUCAAUUCUGCUACUAGCAACAGGCCCAUACAAGAGUCAAGGUGGGGAUCUGUACCAACUGCUGGGUCAAAGCAAGGCCUCGACGAUCCUUUUGUAGUUCUGAAUUCAAACCCGCGCUCAUCGUCCAGGGUCUCCACAGAUCCUCUGGAAAAAAUUGAUAAGAUUAGUAAACCUAGGACUGUGCGGGCUGAAGUUUCAUCUGGUAGUGGUGAAGCAUUUGAUGACUUAUAUCCCGUCAAUAGUGUCGGAAAUUCUUCGCAUUCAUUUUCCCCUGGGAGGGAUAAUAGAGGGAAAGAUGGGAGUCCUUCUAGAUCAGCAAUGCCUCAAUCUGCUACUACCAGAGAACCUUUGGGGAACACUUCUUUAAGAUAUUCAGAGAGCAAUACAGUGAAGAAAGUUCCUGCAGACAAUUUUCAGGAACGUCCGUUAUUUGAUGUGCCCAAUGUCUCAACGGGUCAUCAGAAAUCUUUUAGUCAAACUACUGCUUCUCCUCAGUACUAUGACGCAGACAUGCAUGUAGACAUGUCUCAAACAUCAGAAGGAUGGGUACAUCAAUCUGAUGAAGUAUGGCUCACUGUAUCAGAGAUUCCUCUUUUCACUCAACCUUCAACUGCUCCACCUCCAUCACGACCUCCCCCGCCCGUACCUCGUAAAGCUUCAAAGUCGGGAAUAGGUUCCUUUUCUUCAAAUUCAAGAAAGAAGGGUGAUGAAUUUUCUUCGCCUACAAAUUAUAGUCAACAUCAUCAAAGUCCUAAGCCAUCCAGCCCUGCAGCUAAGGGCCCUCCAGCUUCACAGAUUGAUGAGCUUGAGGAUUUUGCCAGUGGUAGGUCAACAAACACUUUUGAUGAAAGUGGCAAUGUUCAUUCUGGUAUAGAUACCAAUGUUUUCUCUGCAGCUGCUGCAUCUGCUGCUGCUAUGAAGGAUGCUAUGGAUAAAGCUGAGGCUAAAUUCAGACACGCGAAGGAAGUACGCGAAAGAGAAAAUGCCAAGGGAGAUAGAGUCAAGGAAUCUGGUCCACUGGAAAAAGAUGAACAAUACGAGCAGGAGAAAGAAUUAAGGGAAACCCAGGAUAGAUUAGAACGUGAAAGGAAACAGAAGGAAGAGGAAGAAAAAGAGCAGAGGAGACUUGAGAGGGAAAGAUUAAGGGAGAUCGAAAGGGACAAGGGUAGACAGGCUGUAGAAAGGGCUACAAGGGAAGCCCGUGAAAGAGCAGCAGCUGAGGCCCGUGAUAGAGCAGCCAACGAGGCUCGCUUAAAAGCUGAAAGGGCUGCUGUUGAGAAGGCAAACACUGAAGCUCGAGAACGGGCCGAAAGAGCAGCUGUUCAGAGAGCACAAGCUGAAGCCCGUGAAAGGGCUGCUGCAGAUGCUAAAGAGAGAGCAGAGAAGGCUGCCGCAGAGGCUAGGGAAAGGACUGCUGCUGAAGCAAGGGAGAAAGAACUCCGGGAAAAAGCUGCUGUGGCAAGGGCUGAAGCAGAAGCAAGGCGUCGAGCUGAACGAGCUGCUGUUGAAAGGGCUGCAGCUGAAGCAAGGGAGAGAGCUGCCGCAGAAGCUCGAGAAAGGGCGGCAAAUGCAAAAAUGAAUCAGCAAAAGAACGAUAAUGAUCUGGAAUCAUUUUUCAACAUGGGCCGAGAAAGUACUGUACCAAGACCACGUACAAGCACAACUGAUCCUUUCUCCGAUCAACAAUUCCAGAACAAGGGUGCAUCUGAAGCUACAAAGAGGCCACCAACAUCUAGUGGAGCCUCAUCUAACAUAAAGAAAGCUUCUCCCACUCCAAAUUUUGUAGAUGAUCUAUCUUCUAUUUUUGGAGGGGCUCCAUCAGCUGUAGAAUUCCAGGAGAUUGAAGGGGAAACCGAUGAAAGAAGAAGAGCCAGGCUGGACCGCCAACAACGCACUCAAGAACGGGCGGCCAAAGCAUUAGCUGAAAAGAAUCAGCGCGACCUGCAAGCUCAGAGGGAUCAAGAAGAAAGAAAUAGGAUUGGCGAGACAUUAGAUUUUGAAAUCAAGCGGUGGGCUGCUGGCAAAGAAGGAAAUCUGCGUGCUCUGCUGUCAACUAUGCAAUAUGUUCUUUGGCCUGAAUGUGGGUGGACGCCUGUUUCUUUGACGGAUUUAAUCACCGGUGCCUCUGUCAAAAAAGUUUACAGAAAAGCUACUCUUUGCAUUCAUCCUGACAAGGUUCAGCAAAAGGGUGCCACUCUCCAACAGAAGUACAUUGCUGAAAAGGUUUUUGACCUGCUUAAGGAAGCGUGGAAUAAAUUUAACUCCGAGGAGCUCUUCUAAACGCUGGCACAAAUUCUUUAUAUAUCUGUGACCUUUGAACUACACCACUCGAUCAGCUUAAUACUCUUGAUUGGUCUCACAAGAAAUACGUGCAUGGAGGCACAAAUGCUUUUGGUGCAUAUAUUUUAUCUUUUUACGAGUUGCAAAGUGCCGAUUGUGAAAAGGAGAUGGUUGAAUGGUUUUUGUACAUGUUCGUCGCGCCCAAAUGUAUAUUGAUGUCGACGCCACAGAUACAAGGUUGGAGCAAUAAUUAUAUGAUUGCUUGGUAUAGAAUAGCAUUGUUUUAAUAUAUAUUGUGCUGCUGUAUAACAUUUUAAUCUCCCUUGAUAUGUGACCCAAAUGAGGUGAUUUCCUUAUUGUGUUGUCUUUUUCGUAUUAUAUUUUUUUUAUUUGGGGUUCGGUUCUCCGUUCAUUUGAUUAUGUGAGAGUACACAAAUAUGGAAACUUGUAUUAAUAGAGGUGAGUUGAGAUUUAUUUGAAAGCAUAUACCUAUAUCUAUAUCGAUAUCACUUUGUACGAUUCAAAUUCGGAUGUAUACUAUUUAUGUUUCUACAUUUAAAAAGUGUUAUUUUCGA